AUGCCACCACUGCUUCGACAACAAGCGUCAAGACAGCGCUCCUCCGAGCAUGCGAUCAAAGGACGUCGCUCGCCGAAGAUUAGAAGAAGCAGCUCGCUUAGAAAGAGAAAGAGCCGAAGAGGACGAAGAGGAAGAGAAAAGGAAAAGAAGAGGCGUCUACCAAACAAGACAUUUGUUCAAGCCGCACCCAGUCACGAUGGCGCUCCAACCUUUGCCGCCUACCAGAUUCAUGACGACACUCCUGAAUCCGACGUAACCGCGCUUCGAGCUUUACGUCCACCAUUCGGUUUCGUCGUGUACGACACGACGGAGACUGCCCGUCCCACCCGUAGCGCUCAGCUUGCCAGAGCCCUGUUUGACCACACCAAGACGAAGCGGACGAAGAUCCGCUACGGAGCGGAUCGCAUCGAGGUCAUCACACUGCCCCUGCCCAUCACUCUCUCCCUCGACCAGCGCGUGGAGACUUGCACGCGCCAUUAUGAUGCCGAGUACCGAAGCCGUUUGCGCAUCGCUGACAAGGCCGAGGCCGCUUCGUGGUUCCUCGCCGAGCGUAUCAUGGAUCGACAUUUUGCGCGUAGGGCUUUCAUAAUUGAUCGUAUCAAGGAGGACGGAGACGGAGACGAGGACGAGUCCGCCGCGAUGGCCUCAUGGAAGGAGUCGCUCAGCAAUGUGGAUCAAGAGCUCAAGGCCGUGAUGCAGCCUGACCUGAGCAAUACCGGGAGCUUUAUCGAGAUCAAUUGGCAACCACGCAAGGAGAUAUGGAACUUUUGGAACCGUGAAAAUUGCGGCCCUGGAGAUAGGAUGUCCUCUUGCCGCUUCGGGUUCGAAGCUUUCGGAGACAGAUUUGAGGAGAUGAGGGAUGCUGUCGAAGUGUUUUACAACCAUUUCGUUCCAGGUGGCAUACUCGAUCGACGGGUAGAUCAGGCUCGGGCGGCUCGACUCGUAGCCUUGUAA